CCAAAACUCAAUCUCAAACAUAGCAAUGCCAAAACUUGAGAAAUCUAACUCUCUUCUACUAUAUCAAACAAUCCUUUAUGUAAUGAGAAAAGAACUGGGCAAUGAAGAAAGAAAUUAUCAGUAUUUGCCUUACUAGUAUUCUCCCUACUCCUUUGACACAGUGCACUGGUGAGGAAGCGAAGAGUGAUAAGGUCUCCUCCUUUGAAGCAAGUCAUUAGUGUUAAGUUUCUUUGAUCAACAAUCCAAGAUAAAACUUGGACUUUAAUAGGUACUUUUGUUGCAUUUUAUGCUUCUAGUCAUUGAGAUGAUUCUAUGGCAGGAUAUAUUGGAUAGAUGGAGUCUUCCAAAGAGACAGGCUGCCGAGCUCCAGAAGGCCCCAUUCUUUGCGUUAACAAUUGUGGCUUCUUUGGUAGUGCAGCCACUAUGAACAUGUGUUCCAAGUGUCACAAGGACAUGAUCUUGAAGCAGGAACAGGCAAAGCUUGCAGCUUCCUCCAUUGAGAAUAUUGUGAAUGGCAGCUCUGGCAGCAAUGGGAAGGAGCCUCUGGUUGCUGGUGCCGUGAAUAUGCAAGCUGGACCUGUGGAGUUGAAGGUUGCUCCUACACAAGCAGCCAGUGAUUUAUCCUCAAGCCAGAGUUCAGAGGCAAAGGCGAAAGAGGGUCCAAAUAGGUGCAGCACUUGCCGCAAGCGUGUGGGUCUAACAGGUUUCAAUUGCAGGUGUGGAAAUCUCUUCUGUGCAGUUCAUCGCUACUCUGACAAGCACGACUGUCCAUUUGAUUAUCAGACUGCGGGUCGGGAUGCUAUAGCCAAAGCCAAUCCCGUCGUGCCCUUUAGUCAAAAGAAUGGUUUAAGGCACGAGAAUGGAGGGCAUCUUUGCAAGUCUAAUGAACUUGAAAGUCCUCAAUUGGUUACUGUUGCUUUGCUUGCUCCAGUGUAUAAGUCUUUAUUUGUNCUUUAG